AUUUUAAUCUGUGCCUGAAGGGCAAGAAAAGCAAAAGUUACUUCUUGUGAUAGUUGUACUUGUUAUUUUUUUUAACAUUUUUCUAAACAAUUCCUUUAGCAUUUCCAAAUAUGUGUUUGUUUUGAAAAUAAAGUACUUAAUUUUAUUGACUCGUGUUAAGAAAUUUAUAGAAAAAUGGCUACCGUUUUCGAUAGUCCUUUCAUUCGACAACGUUUGCAUCGUUUGCGGCACCGUGAUUUCGAAUUAGAGGAAGAUCAAAGAUUUGGACGAUGUGAUUGUACGAGCUAUUCCUAUUUUGUGCUGUCCAUGGUGUUAUUUUCAGUUGGUACCGUUAUCACAGUAUUAGCAUUAGGAGAUGCUGAUGGAUAUAUUCUGAGUAACUUGGGACACAUGUGGCUUGUGGGACCUAUAUUUAUAUGCUCUGGAAUGAUGGUCGCUGUUAAAAGCAUGUUAUAUUUGAGGAGAAAAAGUGUUAUUCAAAUGCUUUUACAUCAACGUGCUAUUAUUAGGGAUAUGGCAAGUGUACAAGCUGAACAGGCAUAUGUAGGUCAAGUCCCUCGAUCACCAUCAAGUGCAACUUUACCACCUUCCUAUGAUGCUCUAAUAUCAAGUGCUGCAAUUAGCAAACCGCAGCCUUCUAGUUCAGAACUUCCACCACCAACAUAUGAUGAAGCAAUGUAUUUAAUCGAUGAAGAAAAAUACAACUUAGAUCAGAAAACUGUUAACAGCCCUAAACAAGAAACCAGUCACCAAACUGAUUCAAACAUUGAUGUCAACAAACCCUAAGAACAUGUAUUAUAUUUUGAACUUAGAUAUGUAAGCAAAACUUAAUUCUUCCGUUUGUACUUAUGAUUUUACUUAAGUCACCAAUUUUCUAGUAUUCUCUGAUGUGCCUAAAUAUUGACUUGUGGGCGAUAUUGUUAUGAGGUGUCUUUUAUUUUCAAUUGUAAUAUAAUCUAGAUUAACGUGUAUUUGUGAUUUUAACAAUUCAUUGUGGCCGAUGUUCAUCGGUCUGUACUUUACUGUGUGUCUAAUUCAAUAAUCUAAGUUUAAAUAAGAUAUACUUUAAUCUUACUCUAAAUAUUAUUGAAGACUUUUCAUUCGAAUAUUAUUUAUAACUAAUAUAUUUUUAAAGGACUUAAUGAACAAUAACACUUCAAUUA